AUGUCCAUGAACGUUCAAGACUGCGGAGUGGUGAGGGAAGGAUUCCCUCGUCCGUUCCCCGAUACCUCCUCCAAUGUCGUGGAGCAGUUCAAGAUGGCCGGAAAGGUCGUCGUGGUAACAGGCGCCGCUGAUGGGAUUGGUUUGGCUGUUGCGGAAGGCAUCGCAGAGGCUGGCGGCAAUGUCGCCAUGUGGUACAACUCGAACGAAAUUGCCGUCCAAAAGGCUACUGAGAUAUCCCAAAAACACGGCAUCACUGCCACUGCAUACCAGGUCGAUGUCUCAGAUGUGAACCAAGUUAUCGCUACAGUCUCCAAAACUGCCAGUGACUUUGGAAAGAUCGACGUGUUCGUUGCCAAUGCUGGCAUGGCGAUUUCUAAGCCUAUUUUGGAGAUGACCGUUGAAGAGUACCGAAAGGUAAUGUCGGUGAAUGCCGACGGUGUCCUCUUUUGCGCAAAGUACGCUGGCGAGGUGUUCAAGCGACAGGGCUUUGGAAACCUGAUCAUCACCUCGAGCAUGAGCGCUCAUAUUGUUAACGUACCUACUGAUCAGCCUGUCUACAACGGCAGCAAAGCGUUCAUAACCCAUUUUGGAAAGUCUUUGGCUCGCGAGUGGAGAGAUUUUGCUCGUGUUAAUAUUGUCUCCCCUGGUUUCUUUGACACGAAGCUGGGCGCCAGUCCGUUGGCUAUAAAUGAAGCCUACCGUAUGUCAGCAUUUGGGAGGCAAGGCCAUGUGAAGGAAAUCAAGGGUUUAUACCUUUAUCUAGCCAGUGAUGCUUCAACAUAUAUGACAGCCUUGACAUCACGUUCAAUCCCCUCUAUGAUUUUUAGCGACGGGAGCUCCUCCUCACUCACGCCUGCCCCCCCAGCUACAGUCGAAUCUGAUCCAGAGGUCGGUGCGACGAAGCGUUUCUCCGUCCGAGGCAACGCCAUAGUCACUGGAGGAGCCGGCACGCUUGGUUUAUUUGCAUGCGAUGCUCUACUAGAACAUGGUCUCGAGGGUCUAAUGAUCUUUGACGUCAAUGCUUCAGAAAAGCCGAUUGAAGCAUUGCGGAAGAAAUUUCCAAAAGCCCAAGUCCUAUUUCAAGAAGUGGAUGUCACGGAUGAGGAGGCCGUCCAGGCUGCAGUGGCCCAGACAGCCCUCCUACUUGGGUCUGUCGAUAUUCUUCUCUGCUUCGUCGGUAUUGUCGGCUGUGUUGAAUCCCUGGAAAUGCCUAUCUCCCAAUGGCGCAAGAUUCUCGAUAUCAACACAACCGGUUCUUUCAUCUGUGCGCAGGCAGUUGCACGGCAGAUGGUCAAGCAAGGCAAGGGGGGCUCAAUCACAUUCGUGGCUUCCAUAUCAGCCCACCGCGUUAAUUAUCCCCAACCUCAGGCAGCAUACAACGUGAGCAAGUCUGCCCUUCUCAUGCUCAAGAGCUGCCUCGCUGCGGAGUGGGCUCGAUACGGGAUCCGCACCAACACAAUCAGCCCGGGAUACAUGGAUACAAUCUUGAACGAAGGGGACGGUAUCGCUGGUCAUCGGCAGAUCUGGGCUGAACGGAACCCAAGUGGUAGGAUGGGCAGUCCGCCAGAGCUGGCGGGGGUGGUUGUGAUGCUGGCAAGCAGCGCGGGGACAUAUAUCAAUGGCGCAGAUAUAGUUGUAGACGGAGGUGGCAUUGUAGUGUGA